CGGCUAAUAACAAUUUAUCCACAUAAAACUACUUUUUAAAAUUGCCUUGAAUACUUAAUUUCCAGGUUGGAAUAAUACAACAAUAAGUAAAUUUUAGUCGGUACUCUAAAUGAUUUAAGAUGAAUUAUUUAAUAUUACGCAGUAAUUAGUACUAGUUUAAUAGAUUAGAGGUCAGUAAAUUCAUACUCUGAGACCUGAGAUCAAACUGAGAUUGAUCAUAGAAUCAGCCGAUAAAUUUAUGAUCUAAUAAAUUAUUUUAAUCAAUAUUCAAUAUAUAUAAUAUGAUAAUAAAAUAGGUACAUAUUCUUUUAAAUGAUCGUUUUACAUAUUGCAAGUGAAAAAAAAGUUCGAUGUUUUUAUCUAUUUUCACCAAAAUAAGUAAAGUUGAUGUGGAUUGAUUCGCUUUACCAGAUGUCUUGAAACUAUUGGGUAAUUGUGUUUCAUUUGAAUGAAAAAUUGAAUCGUAUAGUUUUAUAAACAGAAAACUCCAAUUGUAGUGGAAUAAAUGAGGAAGAAAAAGUCUCAAAAGAAGAAAGUUCUUGAAGAUUUUCCAGUUAAUGUCAAGCCAAAAGAUGCCAAGCCCACCGACCCGUUAAAGUUAACGAAAGCGGAGAAAGUGACCGCUGAUUUAACUUGGGACGAAUUAGACGCAGUUGAUGACAUCAUAGAGGAACUGGGCGAAGAUGGCUCAAAGAACUUAGUGAGCAGAAAGAAACGUAACCAUUCACAAUGUGAAGAUAAAUUUAACGAAAGACCGGGAAAUGUUUAUCCCGAAAUCGUCUGGUACUGGUUAUCCCAGUACAUCAAGCCGGAAGAUAUUGGCAACUUUGCCGGUAUAAACAAAACGACCUACGCUCUGACGAAGCGUGAGUCGUUUUGGAGAUCCAUAUACAACAGGUACUGUAAAAAUCACCCAAAUUUACCAGAUAGAUUGCGCAUAGAGAACAGUUACCAAACGUACGGACUGCGCCAGAGGGUGAUACGGGCUUUGUAUCACACAUAUGACGUGUUCGUGAAGAAAGUUCAAACGAUGACAGCAGAAGGUCGUGCGUAUCAACUGGCCCGCAGGAGGUGCGUCAGCGUAUGGUUUUAUAAGGGAUCUUCAGUGUCUUGGGCAGUUUAUUUCAAAUUUAAGAAGCUCCAAAUAAAAGAGCGUACUAAAACACAGGAUUUUAUCACGGAGCUGGGCAGGAUCGACGCUAAUCCUGACCAAGACACCCAAGUUCUGCAGGUAACCUGCCGCAACUUUCACGAAGUCCCACCACUGAUGGGCAUGAUUCUGUCCUCGGUGACCAUGGUCCACUCGCACAAGGCCAUCCACCAGCGCCUGUACCUCGACUUCAACACCGGCAGCUACAACGUCGGCAAGGACAUCCUGCCGGAGUGCACGGUGGUUUUGGACACAGUUCUGAACAUGCACGUUUACGACUGGUGGCACCCCAAAUACCCACAUUUUGAUAACAAGACGCCAACGUGCACGGAGGACGAUGAGGUCGUACCGAUGCUCAAGAAGGAUUUCUUCGCAAUCAAAGAAGGAGAUUUCGUUUAGUUUUGUGAUAAAUAAAGUUUUUAUUUUUGUUAUUUUUAUAAAUAUGAACCCUGAAGAUAAGUCGUCGUUAGUUUUGUAAGGUUAUGGUGUCUGUGUGUGUGUGAACUGAGCGUAUUCGAGCUGUAGCGAUUACACUAGUCACUAGUGACUAGUGCAUACAUUGAUACAUUAAUGUAAUGUGUGUUUGUUUUGCUUCUUGUGUCACUCAGCGUCCGUUGUCUAUAAGACGUCCAGUGUGCUCGUAUCGUGGAUAUGCAGAGCUCAAAUCUCUAAGUACCUAGGAUGUGUCCAUGAAUGACAGAUGAAAUAAAAUAAUUAAGAUAUAAUAUCGUGUAAUAAAAUUUUAUCCCAAAAA